CCCAGGCUCUCGCGUGCGCCCUCAUGCCUGCUUCUCAAAAGAAGACAGCUCCCCGCUACCAAGUGUCUCGAAGGCGUUGGAUCCCCGUUGAACCCCGAGUGCUUCGCGCCAAGACUUGCGUCAGCAAUCACCACCCUGUGGUCUUGCGCAUUUCCACAUAGGCCCCCUCGCAACAUCAUUCUUCGCUCCUCUCGUUCCCCAUCGAUUCUACGGCGGGCGCACUUAAAGAUACGCCGCUCUAUCCUUCCCUCUCUGCCCAACCACCGCCACCAGCCACACGGCCUAAUCUAGUGCCACAAUGUUCUGUCUCCGCUCCUGGUUGCCUCUGCUGUUUUUCCUCACAAACGCCUCUCCGGUCUACCUCGUUCUCUUCAUCUCUGCGACGUACUACCUCAACCGCCCGUGUGUCUAUUGCAGCCUCCUCCUCGCAAUCCUUGUUCUUGCACUCUUCGACUUCAACACGAGCUGGUUCGAGCCAAACAGCAAAUACCACGAGCAUUCUGCGAACGAGACCGCUUCUAAUUCAUCCUUGGCGCUCGACGUGGCUAUGGAGACGGCGUCGGUCGUCGCUUCCACCCUGAAUGACACCGCUGGCGCUCUGGUAUCAGCGGCUAUGGAUGGAAUGAAGCGGAGGAGGGUUCCCGAAGUGAACAUCAGCGGCAACGGCCUCGAGUGGGGAAAGGCUCUGUUAAAGAAGGAGUGGAAACUGCCUUGUCUGGACGUCGUUGUCCGGUUAUAAACUUUCGCGACAGAUGAUUUAGGCUUGCGCGCGUAGUGGAGGGAGGAUUCUGGCGUUUCUGUGGAUAGGGCGGCUGUGAUUGUGAGCAGUCUAACAAUGCUUCGUGCAUAUUUCGGUAGCAUAGCGUCGGAGUUACGGUAACGGAUUCUUUGGACAGGUCCACAAGCAACAGCGCAAAGAGCUAUCGGGCUGGGCCGGGAUGGUAUGUCCCCUUCAUAAUACAUUCUCUGUGGAGGAAAGCGUUAUGGGCUAUGUUCAAAACCCAAUCAGCGCAGUGCUUGGAUAGGCGACCAAUUUUCAUGACGUUUCGAGUUGUUUAGUCGUAGGCAGGCACAAAACUGAGUCUCGCAACUAUGAGUAGGCAUCCUGCCCAAAAUGAAUAACAUCGC